CAUCGAUUAGAGGAUCGGCAACGCGUCUCAUUAGGGCCCAAACCAAGUGGUAAUAGAGGCAAUUUUGCAACUGGGUCAAAGGGACACGAUCAGCGCAGAAUACGGGGUCCGUACAUUACAUCCAUAACCCCUAUCUCUAUCAUUUGCACUGCUUAUAGCUUUACCGACAGGUACUCGCACCUCGCUGUCCUCCAUUCAUGGCAUGCACAAUUUCUCCUUUCAUGUUCGAAUCAUUUGGCGCUCAAUGUUCAUUCAGGAAGAUCUUCACCUGUCCAAAACCCUUCAAAGUCGCGUCAAGUCUCUCACCGCCCCCUUUCAGGCCGAUCUAUGCAGAAGAAAUCAUCCUUGCGUGGCGGAUAUGAAGAUAAAUUUGUUGCUUCCAGAAUACCAAAAGCACCGAGAUUGCACGAAGAAACCAUCCAUACGUUUGAGUCUCCCCCUUUGCUUCAAGGGCUUUCUAAUGCACUGAAAGAGGUCCUGGGCAAGCAAGCACAGCCUACUCCAAUCCAAGUGUUGUCCCUCAACAAUUACUUUUUUCACCGAAAGCAACGUGCUCUACUGAGCCAGACUCCCACUAUCACACUUAUGGCGUCGGAAACCGGCUCCGGCAAAAGCAUAGCUUACCUUCUACCUGUGCUUCAAUCUUUGAAAGAAACGGAAAAACCAUUACUAUCGACAUCUUCACCUCUUCCACAAACACCACGAGCAGUCAUCCUGGCACCAACCCAUGAGCUUUGUCGGCAGCUUAGCGCGUAUGCGAAAUCCCUGUCUCAUGAAAUCAAGAUAAAAACAGUAUGCUUCUCUAACCCCUCCAAGCCCUCGACAAGUGCGAUCCAAGCAAUGAGGGAAAGCCUCAGAAACGAAGAUAGAGGUCCUUCUGUAGUCUACCGCCAGCCUGAUGUCAUAGUUUCUACCCCUUCACGUCUUGCUCACCUCGCUGGAUUGGAAGUGAUUACCGAUAAGGAAAGCCCGUCCGCUGCGUCGCGUCCGAAAAAAUCAUCUUUAUCACGUCCUGAAGUGGCCCUGGACGGAAUGGAAUGGUUAGUGAUAGACGAGGCUGAUGUACUAUUUGACCGCGAUUUCCGGCAAACUGUCGAGGCUAUACUUGCAUCAAGGUUUGAGGGACUUCAAAAUGGCCCUCCCUUGACCGCGGGCCCUCGCCUUAAUAUUAUUGUUAGCACCGCAACAGUUCCCCAAUCGCUCAACAAAUACUUAAUGGAGAGAUUUCCGAACAUGACGCGACUAACAUCACCGAAUCUUCACCAACUUCCAAAGCGACUACGUACUGAACGUGUGGUUGUUUCGGGAACCCAUCCCUUUGCUGUGAUGCACAAAAAGCUAGUGGAAAUAUUCGCCGCUGACAGCAUGUCUAUCGGCAAUAGACAAAAACAAACUCCAUCACGCGUUAUCGUGUUCUGUAAUCGGUCUGAAAGAGCGGAGCAACUGGCAUCGUAUCUCAAAAGCGUGGCUAUGUCAUGUUUCGUGAUGACGAGUAGCAGCGCGGGUCGAAGAAAAGGAUCAAAUAAUCAUAUAGCCGAAUUCUUAACCUCAGCCUCUCCGCCCGAUGCCAAUUCUCAGAACGAUGCCAUACCCUCACCACGCGUGCUAAUAACCACUUCUCUCCUUGCGAGAGGCCUCGACUUCGCGUCUUCCGUCACUCAUGUACUCAUCGCAGAUGAACCGCGCAACGAGAUUGAUUUUUUGCACAGAGCGGGACGCACGGGUCGUAGAGGCCGACCUGGUACUGUUGUCCUCUUCGGCAAGGUCGCAUCUAGGGGUCCGAAGCGAGUUGGAUUUACUUGAUCUAGUCCCGGGAAUUGUAGGAUGUUGUCUCCAAGAAACAUGUACACCUUCACAUAUGCGUUAGGUAGCGAAAGUGAAGACACUUUCGCCGAUAGUCACUCUGGCGGUCCGCGGACCUGGCCAAUCAAAUACUAGUGAAUCGCAAAGUUGUUCGUAUGUUGUAUCUG